GAUUACGUCGCGUAUCGAUACACUCCGAUAGUAUCGCAAAAGUUAACGAGGUAGGUCCAGCACCAGUUUUUUUGGCGUGUAGCUGUAGCAGAAGCAAAAGGAAGCCGCUUGUGAUAAUUUUCAACUUCCAUCAGCAAGCACUGAACGUGAGAAAAUCAGCACGCCCGGCAUUCGACGCUCCGCAAAAGAAAAAAAAAACCUUUUUGACCACUCAACAGCUUCAUCAAGCAACCAAAAAAUCAACAUGUCUGACGAAAAGAAGGGAGGUGAGACCGAGCACAUCAACCUGAAGGUCCUCGGCCAGGACAACGCCGUCGUGCAGUUCAAGAUCAAGAAGCACACACCCUUGAGGAAGCUGAUGAACGCUUACUGCGACCGUGCUGGACUCUCCAUGCAGGUGGUGCGCUUCCGCUUCGACGGACAGCCCAUCAACGAGAACGACACUCCGACCUCGCUGGAGAUGGAGGAGGGUGACACCAUCGAGGUUUACCAGCAGCAGACUGGUGGCGCUCCUUAAGAUUACUUAGUUAAGUUAGUUACUCCUCUUACACACUUAAAACAAAAAAGAAUAAACACAAGAAAAACCACAAAAGCAAAAACAAAACAACAACAUGAAGAAUUCAUCAUAACAGGCCCUAAGAAUCGAUUGAAUAUGCUUUUAGUACAACUGUAGAUUCUAUAUGCGUCUGUGUGCGUGUAAACACAAACAAAAACAUUUGCAGACAAGAAAAUGGUAAAUAAAGCAUUUUAUAAACUACACAAAA